UUCUUUUGGAGAAAUUAAGUCAUAAUCAGUAAAGUACAAAACAUCCUUAACAUAUUCUCUCAAAAACUGUCAUGGCGGCCACCGGUGGUUGUGUUGCCUUUUCCACGGUGGUUCGCUCCUGCCAAGUAACACCGUCACCAUCAUCCGGUAAUUUGAGACCGAAUCCGAGUCAAAGGCAAUUUGCUGUUUCCAGCGAGAGUCAAUUCACGAAGACAGUUAGAAGUGAAACAAAAAGAACGACUAGUUUUGGAGAGAACGGGAUUUUCAAGGAGAAACACAAAGAAGAAGCGAGGGAGGGAGUAACAAAAGAGAAACAAAAAAAUCCUUACGAGCUGGGGUUGGAGAGAAAUGAAAGUGAUGAAGAAAGGAGUAGAAAGAGCCUUAAAGAUUACUUUGAGGAGUCAAAGGAUUUGAUCAGAUCAGAAGGUGGUGGUGGUGGUCCGCCUCGGUGGUUCUCUCCGUUGGACUGUGGUUCCCGCCUGGACGAUUCUCCUCUCCUCCUUUACUUGCCUGGGAUCGAUGGUGUUGGGCUAGGGCUUAUUAUGCAUCAUCAAUCUCUGGGAGAGAUUUUCGACAUAUGGUGCUUGCAUAUUCCAGUUAAGGAUAGAACAUCAUUUACUGACCUAGUGAAGUUGGUAGAACAAACAGUUAGAUCAGAGAACUGUCAUUCACCCAAUAGACCCAUAUAUCUUGUUGGAGAAUCUCUUGGAGCAUGCCUUGCAUUAGCCGUUGCAGUUCGUAACCCUGAUAUUGAUCUUUCACUUAUUUUGGCCAAUCCAGGAACUUCUUUUGAGAAGUCACAGUUGCAACCUCUCAUACCUCUAUUGGGAAUCAUACCCGUUCAGUACCAGCUUAUCCUUUCUUAUAUGCUGAGCUCCAUGACAGGUGAUCCUUUGAGGAUGGCAAUGGACAAGGUAAUGAAGGGACUUCCUCUACAACAAACAGCCGAAGGAUUAUUGAAAGAUGUUGCUGCAAUGUCAUCAUAUGUCUAUGUUCUAGCUAAUAUCUUACCCGAAGAAACACUUCUGUGGAAGCUAAAGAUGCUUAAAUCAGCUUCAGCAUUUGCCAAUUCACGCCUCCAUGCUGUGAAAGCUCAAACACUGCUACUCACCAGUGGUAGGGAUCAGUUACUACCAAGUGAAGAUGAAGGCAAAAGACUUCGCCGUGCACUUCCAAAAUGUGAAAUUCGUAGGUUUAAUGACAACGGUCAUUACCUCUUCUUGGAAGAUGGAGUUGAUUUGGUGACUGUCAUCAAAGGUGCUAGUUUCUAUCGCCGUGGGAAAUGCCAUGACUACGUUUUUGAUUAUAUACCUCCAACCCCCUCUGAAAUCAAAAAUAUAUGUGAAUCAAACAGGUUGUUUAUGCGUGCUACCAGCCCUGUAAUGCUGUCAACUUUAGAAGACGGGAAGAUUGUGAAGGGCCUUGCAGGAAUUCCUUCGGAGGGACCAGUCUUGUUCAUUGGUUAUCACAUGUUAUUGGGAUAUGAAUUGGUGCCAAUGGUCAUGAACCUUUUGUUGGAAAGAAACAUUCUUAUGAGAGGGAUGGCACAUCCAAUGAUGUUUACGAGAAAGAAAGAAGGUUAUUUACCUGAAUUAUCAAGUUUUGACACAUACAGAACAAUGGGUGCAGUUCCUGUUUCCGGAGCCAAUUUGUACAAACUUCUAUUUUCGAAGGCCCAUGUGCUACUGUACCCAGGAGGCCUGCGUGAGGCCUGUCAUCGAAAGGGUGAACAAUACAAGUUAAUCUGGCCAGAGCAAUCUGAGUUUGUUAGAAUGGCAGCAAGGUUUGGAGCAAAAAUUGUACCAUUUGGUGUUGCUGGAGAAGAUGAUUUUGGUGAAAUAGUUUUUGAUUAUGAUGAUCAAAUGAAGAUUCCUUUCCUUAAGGAUUUUAUUAAAUCACUGUCGGAGGAGGCUGACACAGUGAGGACUGGAUUGAAUUCUGAGGUGAACCAAGAUAUUCAUUCUCCGGUAGUCUUGCCAAAAUUUCCAGGCAGGUUUUAUUACUAUUUUGGGAAACCAAUUGAAACAGAAGGAAGGAUAAGUGAAUUAAGAGACAAGGACAAUGCGCACGAGUUAUACAUGCAAGUCAAGUCUGAGGUGGAGAAAUGCCUAGCUUUUUUGCAGGAGAAAAGAGAAAGUGAUCCUUAUAGAAAUUUAUUGGCUCGGCUAGCUUACCAGUCUACGCAUGGGUUUGAUUCCGAAGUUCCAACAUUUGAACUUUGAUUCUUCUGCAGUCUACACAUGCAUUUUGAUAUGAUACUCAAGCUGGAUUCUCAAAUAAGCUCAGCAAAAUGGCAUACUGGAGCCUCACGGUAUGAUCCAAAUCAUUGUUGUACCCUCCAAUUGAUAAAUAAAUAAUCAUAAUUCCAUGUCUUGAUUAGAUGGUUUAUCACACAAUCCAUGAUGUUACAUUCAUUGAUUCCGCAUUGAUACGCAUCCAUGACAGUCAAACAAGAGGUCUUGAUUGGGGAACUCAGAUUUCUGAAUGAAUUUGUACUGUAUGUAUUUGGAUGAACACCAUCUGUAUAACAUUUUGAUCAAAGGACAGAUUCUCCAAAGGCUCUUUGGCAGCUUUGAGUA